AUGUGCACCAAGGAGAUGCCGACUGCCGAGGUGGCCUACCUGGUGAAAGAGAUUGCCGACCUCAAGCUGGAGCCGGAGGGGUGGCGGUUCGGCAAGCGACCGUACUCCCGCGUAGAUCCGCCGCCUAUGGUGCUCCCCCUCCAGCCAGAGGCCAACGUCGACUUCCUGCCGGACCGGGACGCGAGCGACGUAGCGGACCCCGACUUGGGGGCGGCUGCCCUGGAGGACGAAGCCACAUGCGGGCCCCGCUUUCUCUUGAGCGGUCGACCUCAGCCUCCGUCAUCAGGGCGGCGGAGGGUUCCGCCAAUACCUGCCCGCAUUGACCCGGCUGCCGACCUCCGGGAGGCGCAGGAACGGAACGCACGGGAGGUGCGUGAGGAAAAAGAAGUCGCCACCAAGCAGGCGGAGGCCGACAAGGCGGCGCAAGCGGAUGCAGACGCCGCAGCCCAGGCCCAAGCCGACGCUGCAGCGAUGGAGCAGGUGGAGGAUAUCUUGCACUGGCAGAUCCCGCAGCUCAUCACCCCUCUGCGCUCCGCGCUGCCAGCGCCAGAGUUCUUGGCGCUGGCUGGGGGAGCUGGUGAUGAGCAGCCAGUCAUGGAGAGGGAAGGCGGUGAUGCCGUCUUGCCAGAGAUAGAGGAUUAUCACAACAUCCGCGCGGCUACUUUCUAUGCCAAUAUCCGCGAGCUGGACCGACGGACCACCGACUUGGCAGAAAGCCGGAAGGCCAACGCCGCCUUGCAGCAGCAACUGGGCGAAGCUAACACCGCGCUGCGUGCCAAGGAGGACGAGUGCAGCAAGGCAGUCCAGGAGCGCGACCGCCUGGCCAAGGAACUGAAGGACCAGGCAGAACUUCACAAGGCGGCCCUGAAGCAGGCGGCAGACAAUGAAGCCUGGCUCCUGGCUGAGUUUGAGACCGAGCGCAUAGGGUGGGCUGAGACGAAGGCGACUUCUUCCCCGGCAAUUCUGUUGCCGCCAACCAGGCCAUUGAGGCUCGCCGCGAGGAAUGAAGGGCGGAAGGCGUGGAGAUCGCUGCCGACGCCCCUCGGACCCUUGGAGGCCGGUGCCGAAUUGGUGGCGGUGGAGCGCGACCUCACUCUUCGCGCGGCCGCGAUCGCAGAGUGCACCAACACCGGUGUCUUCGUCCCUGAGCUGAACGAGAACGGCGCCGAGGCACCGCCGGUGUGGUUCGGACUGAACACAGAUGAUGGUGAAGACUGGGCAGAGGUCAUCGACUCCAGCGACGAAGGAGAAGACGAGGAAGACGAGGAUGAUGAAGACGGCACACCGGAGGUCGGAGCGGACGGCCAGUCUCAGCUCGACCGCACCUCCAGCAACGAGCCGCGUGCAAGCACGUCGACUGUUGUUGAAGGCAACCAAGCCGAGACUCGCCAGCCGGCCACCCCACCAGCCGGCGCCCCCGACUCCACCAACCUCCCGGACUCGCCAGCUGCUCCUUUGGUCUAG